AUGGUCGGAACUAGAAAAGCAACAGUCGUUCUGACGGCGCUCGCAGGCAUUGCUACUGCCUACCCCGGCAUGGGACGGGGUAGCGGAAUGAGCCAUGCCGACAUGAUGGCGCAGCUCGCCGGCCGUGAUGGUGCCGCCGACAACCAGGCCAUCGGCGAUCUCCUCAAGCUCUCUGAUGGCUCCUUGUCCGAUGUCGGCAAAGAUGUCAAGGGCAUCCUCACGGGUUCCGGAUCGCCAACCACCUCCGACGCCGCAAGCGGCAGCCUCCCCGCCCUCGGCAGUUCCGACUGCAACGCGGACAAGUGCUGCGUGUGGCAGCAUGUCGCCGCCGACCUGAUGCCCACACUCCAGGACAGCAACGGCUGCACCGACACUGCCCGUGCCGCCAUCCGCCUCGGAUUCCACGAUGCUGCCGGAUGGAGCUUGCACACCGGCGACCUCGGUGGCGCUGAUGGCUCCAUCGUCCUCGCUCCCGAGGAGAUUGGGCGGCCUCUGAACAAGGGCCUGGAGGACAUCGUCGCGCAGAUGAAGGUGUGGUUCGCCAAGUACAAGAGCCACGGUGCCGGCAUGGCAGACUUGAUCCAGUUUACCGCUACCACAGCGACCGUGGCGUGCCCCGGCGGACCGAGAAUCAAGACGUUCGUCGGCCGCAAGGACUCAUCGGUCGCUGCGCCAGAUGGCUUGCUCCCGGACCCGAGAGACCCGGCGGACAAGCUGAUUGAGCUGUUCGGCAACAAGACCAUCACAGCUCCGGGUCUCGCUGCCCUUGUUGGUGCGCACACCGCCAGCCGUCAACGCUUCUUCGACACGGCCAAGGCCAACGCCCCCCAGGACACGACUCCGAAUGUCUGGGAUGUUGACUUUUACGGACAGACUUUGGCUGGUGCUCCGGCCGAGGUUGUGACGUUCCCCAGCGACACUGUGCUGUCAAAGGACCCCCGUUCGGGCCCAUCCUUCCAGGCCUUCGCUGGCAACGCACCGCUUUGGGGUGGAGCAUACGCUAAGGAGUAUCUUCGUCUGAGUCUCCUCGGUGUGUUCAACAUCAACAACUUGACUGAUUGCAGCAAAGCGCUUCCCGCUGGAAGUGGUGUCAAGAGAUAG